CGUUGUGCGUGCCUGUUUUGUGUGUGUGUGUGUGUGUCUGUUCUGUGAUCGUGUGUUCUGUUUACCCACGCAAGAGAAACAGAAGACAUCGUUCAAAAAUGCACGUUGAAGUGGUUCCAAGGGGAAGAACAAUGCCACCCUCGGACCAAUUCGCUGUGACCAUGACCUGCUUAGCUGGUGUUCUACUCUGCGCUAUGGGAACGUGCUUCUUCAUCUACUGGGAAAAUCUUAAGGAAUCAGGAGAUGCUUUUCCAGCGCUGCCUGCCCAACGGUCAACACGAAUAAUUAUAAACGACAGCUCGGACGCAUAUGACGCACCCAAAGUGGCCUCCACAUCCACUGAAGGAAAGUGCUACGGGAGGCAUUGUUUCUCAACGGCCAACUUCGUAGUGUCGAAGUUGAACAACACGGUUGGCCCAUGUGAAGAUUUCUACCACUUCGUCUGCUCCGCUGCCUGGUUUGACAACAAUGAUACCUAUAAGUGGCCCUUUCGAUACAAGUCACUCGGAUACGUUUAUAAUGCCAUUCACAAGUACGUAGAAGCUUUAACGUGUCCACCGAACAGAGAGAAAGAGACCGACAUCGAAGUCGAUGAGAAACAGGGCUCCUAA